AUGUUGAACAAAAAGUGGCGAUCUAUACACAAUUCGCGUCGAAAAAGCAGCAACAACACGAAUGUGCCGUCAGCGCCAGUGGACCGCUGCUCGAAACGAACACAGCUUCUUCUUCGUGUGCACGUUUGGCACGUUUUUUUCCGCAUCGAGUCGUUCAAUCACUGCCAGCCAACACUGGCGGCAGCGCAGCGUUUCGCAGGCGAUGUCUCACGUGCGUCAGCACUUUUCGCAUGCGUCAUAUUUCUUCUCGAAGGGGAAAAGCACAUUCCGCAUGAUGAUGAUGCGCUUUCGAAUGCGAAGACAAUAAAGAAACUUGAGCCAGUCUUGUGA